GGCCUGCCCCGCGAGCCCCUCACACACGCCCUGGGGACACACGGCAGCGCUGGGCCCCAAAACCUGGCUCCAAGAGCUGUGUGCCAUCCCAGAUCUGCACAGGCACUGCAGGAAGAUGCUUUCUGGCUCCCGUAUGAGUGUAGACACAGCCCACAGAGAGAUCCCGAGGUCCCAGCUGGUACAAGGGCUUUGGGGUCCAGCUCCCUUUCUGGCACAAAACACCUCAUUUUGUCAAAGAGGAAAUUCUAGCUCAUCAAUGUCUGGCAGCCACACCGAGGGUGUACCCAGAUUAGAGCCCACUGCUGCUCCAAGGGCCAGAAAGCUUAAAUUUGGAGGCUCCAGAGAAUCUCAGAAGGCCUAACUUUAUUUAAGAUUCAUACAGAAUCAUUCAACAGCUUGGGUUGGAAGGGGCCUUAGAGAUUAUCUCAUUCCAACCCUCUGCCAUGGGCUGGCACACCUUCCACUAGACCAGAUUGCUCAGUGUAUCCAGCCAGGCUUUAAACUCUUGCAGGGACGGGGCUUUCACAGCUCCUCUGGGCAACCUGGCCAGCGCCCCACUACCUUCACCCUAAAGAAUUUCCUCUCCAUAUCUCAUCUAAAUGUACUCUCAGUUUGAAACCAUUUCCCCUCGUCCAGUCACUGCAUGUUUUUGCAAGAAGCCCCUCUCCCUCUAAUUUUUAAUAAGCUCAUUUUAAGUACUGAAAGGGUGCAGCGAGGUCUCCCUGAAGCCUGCAUGGAGCAUGUAAUGGACUUGAUAAAUAAUGGGCAUAGGAGAACAGCAGCUUUUAACCAGGCAGUUGGCAUGCCAAAAGGAAUUACAUUCUUGAUGAGAGCUGAUGCAAGCCAGUGUUUUCUGUGCUUGCUCCUUGCAGAACUUUGAGAUGCCAAAACUAGCAUUCAGGUGAUGUUACUUGCUGCAGCUCUCUCACAGAAAACUUUGUGUAGAACACAACCACAGGGAGAGUGUUUCUUUUGUGUUCCCAGGCUCCCCAGUCACACCCAGCAGGGUGGCAGUCUGGGCUGCCAGGUGCUGCUGCCAUGAGAAGCACUGCUUUGUAAGCAUACUCUGACCACUGAAGGAAAUGGGACAUAUGACAUCUUGAGUCAGUCAGUCAUUACAGAAAAAAAAAAUUGUUUACUCAGUGUAAAACAGACAGUCUUUUGUCUUCCUGGUCAAACAGCAAACAACAUCCUAUCACUGAGUUUUUACUGAAAAUGAGAACUUUCUGAGAAGUAUAAUUUGGUUUAAAAUAACAAGAACCCCAAAUACUUUGAUUUAUGGAAAUGAGAAGCAUGCUUUGUUUUGUGUCUCCUUAUGAUGCUGCUGGGAAUGAACAAGAAGCAUAAGACAAGCCACUUCUUUGUGCUUGUGCUACCAGAAACUCGUUCACUUGUAACAACUGGUGGCAUUAUUAUCUUUCUUAGGAAUUUGAGCAUAUCAUGUCAAUAAUUUUACUCUCUUAUUUCCUGCCUGAGUUUUCAACUCUAACGUAACACUUCACUCAAAGGCAGGCAUUAAGUCCCGGCCUAGCUGGCUACAAGCGAUGCCUUUGGGUGCAGAGGCCCAGCGGGACGGGCAGUGCCCGCGCAGCCCCGGCUGCGCCGCCCCCGGCGGGUCCCGCGGGGACAGUCGCGCACGGCGCCCGCGCCGCCGCCAGGGGCCGCUGGGCGGCGGGGCCGGGCCGGGAGCGGCACCGCGCGGGAUGCUCGCCGCCCGCCGGGAUACGGGAUACAGGAUACAGGCACUCCGCGCAGCGCCGCGGGCACGGAGCCCUGGACGGAGCCGUGCGGCCCCACCCGCGCGGAUGGCGGCACAUCCCAGCACGGGGCUCCCACACCCUGCGGCAAACGCCGUCAGGAGAGAAGGCGGCGGCAUCCCCUGGGGCAGCACCCGGCUGCCUUUGCUCGGGGGAUGGGUGGUGGCAUGGGCAGGCAGACACCCUCGGUCCGCCUUUCCCGGCUUGGGAGGGCGACGCUGUCGCGACAUUGAGAGGAAACUAAGGGACACGCCGAAGGCUCCUCGGCUGCCUCCGAGACGGGGGCAGAGCGCGGCGGAGCCCCGCAGCAGGCGCUCACCGCGGCUCACACAGCCGGGAGCCUCCCCCGAGGGCAGGACGGCAGGCAGCGGCCGCGAUCCCCAUGCCGGGAUGCGGUUCCUUCGGGACGCACCUGGUGCCCGGGCAGUGAGCGGCGCCCGCUGCGCCGCCCUACGAGCCGCGAUGCUCCGGACGCGGCUGGCGCGGGAUCGGAGGUGACACCUGAGUUAGGACACCCUGACACACCUUUUUGGGGUGUUUCUUCAUUCUUUUUUUUUUUAUCUUUUUUUUUUUCUUUCAUUUUAAAUUUUAUUUUUAUUCUUCUCCCGCCCGCCCCGUGCGGCGCUACGGGUGUUCCUCCGAAGGCGCUCGCAUGCACCGGCAGCCGCUCCCAGCGAAGCCGACCCUGCUCCCCCUCCCAGCCCCGCCGCCCCCCGCGUGUUUCCCCCACGCGGCUCCGCAGCCCUCCGCCCCCGGCCCGAGUGCCUCCGCCGAGCC